CAGUUGACCAGGGGCUAUCCAAGGAGUCGAUCAAUGCCAAGCACGCCUGCCGCUAGCGGCCAGGAACUACCAUUAAGCGGCAGCAUGAGAAGGGCUUCUUUUUGGUAUUAAUUCCCGGCGGGAUGAAAUUCUCCUAGCAGUGCUGCACAGCGCUUCUCUAUUGAAGUCUGUGUGUCUGAACAUACGCCUCGUGAGUCUAGCCGGCUAUGCAAGACUGAACCCAACGUCCCUGUAGACACAAACGAAAGCAGGAAUAUUUGCAUGGCUGGUUGCUCAAGUCAAGUUCAAUGAGUCAAUAGGUUUCAUAGAAUCUGGCGUUCUAUGUUUCUUCUAUUCUAGUGGCUGGCCCAUCUACCUGUCGCAUCAACUCUCCAGGUCUGGGAAGGCAUCUCAAUGCGUCAGUGCAUUACAGGCCCACCGAUAAGUCAGGCCGAAGACUUAGUUUGGGUUUGACUAUGAUAUUGCUGCUUGCAUGCUCGACGGGGCAGUACGGGGAAAUGAUUCACGAUUACGGAGUACUUCGAGUUCCUAUCGACACCGAGGAAUGGCUACGGCUGGCGCCGACUGCCCCGCCCCGGUCGGGGGUAGAAUCCCGGCUGCUCUAAAUCGGAAUUCGGUUUCCGUGUCAGGCUGCCCGAUCCGGCCGGUAUCUAGCCCGGAUUAGGCACCGCCCAGUCAAGACAUCAUCAUCAUCGCGGUUAGAGAUCCCAUCAUCAUUCAGAACCUCGUUCCAACAUGCACUCAAAUUUGUCUCAUUAACCUUUUUUACGUGUACUUCCGCAACGACUGAACUCAAUCAAGACCACGCCAGAAACAACCGCUAUGUCCAGCACAGACAUGCGAUCAAUCAACCA